UUGGGACCACUCUGGAUUCUGCUGCGGAAAAUGAUGCACGAGGCUCUGGGCUUCAUGCUCAUUUUCAGCACUAUAAGCAUCGCAGCCGGUAUUUUCAUGCAAAGUCUCAUGGAUGUAUAUGGCUACAAGGACGACUAUUCCUCUGGGAUCCAGUGGCUAUGGCUCCGACCAUUCUUCAUGUUCACGGGGGAGAACUUCCUGCGAACAGUGGGAUCCAACGCGAGCGACGAGAACUUCAUCGUUUACUACAUGGUAGUUUACGUCGUGUUCUUCCUCCUUGGGAAUGCACUCAUGCUGAAUCUUCUGGUGGCAAUUUUCUCAGAGAUUUUUAACAAUGUGUUCAUGCAUUCGGACCGCGAAUUUAAAACAGAGUUUCUUAUGCUGAUAAAGGAAUACUCUUCUAAAACUACACUGCCAGUUCCGCUGCUACUCUUCGAACUUAUUUACAAGCUCCUGGUUCAUUUAAUCAACAAACUCGAUUCCUCCGAUGCCCCCAUCAACUUGAAAAGAACUAACGAUUUUCGGCUUGAAGAGCUUCAGGUCAUUCGGUACUUUGAGAAUCAAAGUUCGAACAAGAUGAUAGCGAAUAUUGAGAGUAGACUCAAUAUUGGCGAAACAGUGAGCUGCGCUUUGAAAAGUAUCGACGAGCAGCAAGGCAGAUUAGCCGACUUGAAAAUAGUGUUUCAAGCUGUCGAGAGGCAAAUAGAUAAGCGUUUUUGUAAAUUUAGGGAACAGAAGUUUAGUAGCCAAAAAUAA